AUACAUGUACUAAAAGUUUAAUUACUCGCUUAUUUUAUAUCGUAUGAUAAAGAACUAGAUAUCAAAAGAAAAUACAAAUCCUCAGGAAAACAGGAGUAAUUAAAGAAAAAUGAAUAAUAACUUAAAUAAUAAAUCAUAGUUAAAAUUUAAAAUGAUUUUUAGCUCUACAUUUUGAAUGCGCAUUGUCGGACAAGGGCGGCUUUUACAGCUCGAAAGCACCUAUUUAAAUAAAAAAAAAUCCCCGUAUUUAUUAAGUAAACAAGUAAUUAACAACUUUUUAUAACAUCCUUGAUAUUUUUUAUACAUGUUUCAUGUGAUGUUUUUAGAAGAACAAAAUUAUAAACAGGGUUCAAUAGUAUUACGUUGUUGUACAUAUAUUUUUUAGUUUUCAUUCACACGGUAUAGGCUAGUAUCGAUUGCAUUACGUAUUUAUAUUUGUAUAUAAAACUAAAAUGGACCAAGCUAGUAACUGCUUCAAAUAAUCAUAUAUAUUUUGUCAACAUUUUAUAAAAUACGAAGUCUUUUGCCGAGAUCACAACAAGCUGAAUUUAUCUCCCUUUUCCGUUACUACGCUACAAUGUAAACAUUGAACAAGCGCGGGAUUUCCGAGUUUGACAGUAGAAAUGGAGAACAGUUCAUCGGAUGACGAUAGCGAUACCUUGUCUGAGGGUUCAGAUCUCCAGCUAUUUAGUGAACAUGAAUUUUCAUCGGACACAGACAGUGACGAUGAUACACAGCAGACAGAGUCAUCAAUGGAGCCUGACAGCCAACAAUCAGAAGCAACUGAUGAUGACUUCUGGUCUUACGAUCUCCACCCAGUGGACAUAGCACCAUUUACUGAACAAGUAGGGCCAGAUCAUACUUUACUGCCUGACAAUGACUUGUUGAAGUAUUUUUAUCUUAUGAUAAACGAAGAAUUCUUUGAAAUCGCGGCUCAGGAGACGAACAGAUAUGCAGAACAGAAAAUGACUCGCAAAGGUUCCCGCGAUUCGAUUUGGUACCCCACAACUAGCCCAGAAAUGAAAGCUUUCUUUGGACUGAAUAUCAUUAUGGGAAUAAAUCAGUUACCUCGCAUCGAUAUGUACUGGUCGGAAAACCCAUUUGUUGGAAAUGAAGGCUUCAAGAAAUGCAUGACAAGAACAAGGUUUGAAAAAUUGCUGCAGUAUCUGCACAUAAAUGACAACCAGGCUCAAGCACCUGCUGGAUCACCGAAUUAUGACAGACUUCAUAAAAUCAGACCACUUAUCGACAUGACAAGAGGAAAUUUCCAGAAGUUUUACAAACCAGGGAAGUGUCAGAGUAUAGAUGAAGGAAUGAUAAGGUACAAGGGACACCAUUAUGCACAGCAGUACACGCCAGGAAAACCAAAAAAGCGCGGUCUAAAGAUAUGGAUGAGAUGUGAAACAAGUGGCUACACCAAUGAUUACAGAGUGUAUCUUGGUAAACAUGAUUCAAUGUGUGGCCCAUUAACAGGGGAACGAGUCGUCAAACAUUUAUGCAAGCCACUGAAGUGGAAAGGUCAUCAUGUGUUCUUCGAUAGAUAUUUCACUUCUAUUCCUCUUCUCCAAACUCUUGAAUCCUACGGUGUUUAUGGUUGUGGGACUAUAAUGGCAAACAGGAAAGGGUUUCCCUCACAGCUGAAGAACCCACACCUUCCUGAGAGAGGAGAUGCUGAACAGAUGAAACAUAAUAACCUUGUUGCCACCGUAUGGAAUGAUGCUAAACCUGUUCACAUUGCAUCUACAACAUCUGACCCUCUCGGAGAUGGCCCAGCUCAAAGAAGGGUUCGGGGUGGUGGUGUUAUCAUCAUUCAGCGCCCGCCUGCAGUUGAGCACUACCAGCAACACUACUAUGGUGUAGACAGAACACAACAGUACAGAUCCAAGUGUCCAGUUGGCCGUCCAUCCAAAAAGUUUUGGAAGUAUCUGGUCAACUAUAUUUUUGAAAUUUCUCUGAUCAACACAUUCCUUCUUUGGUUUGAAACCCCAGGAACAAGAAAACCAACAAAACAUUUCUCUAUGGUUGACUGUAACUUGUCUAUCGCGGAGAAACUUAUUGGUGAUUUCUCUAGCAGAAAGCGGGCACCUUCAUGUGGAAGGGGAGUUGCAGGUAUUAGUGUUGCUAACAUCAACCGGCACAUCAGCACAAAGUUGACAAGACCGCGAGGAAGAUGCAAACAGUGCAAGAAGAAUGGCAGAAGAAGUGACACAUUUUUUGGUUGUAGCAUUUGUAAUGUACAUCUGUGUAGAGGAGCUUGUUUUCAGGCCUAUCACACUUAUCAUCACUUGCUUAUGGAAUAGGUUUAUAUAUCAUGAAAUGUCUGUUUAUAAUUGCAUGUUUUGUGCAAAUAAUAUGCGUUUACUUUAUUUGGUGGCUCCAAGCACUUAUCUAAUCCACUCAAAUGGUUUGCAUUUUUUAAACAUGUGAUUUUGUCGUGUACCAUGUAUUUUUAAAACCUAAAUCUAAAAAAUAAUCUAAAUAUGUUAUUGAAUAGAAAUAAACUAUUCAUCACUGUGUGUUGGUAACUGUUGCCAUGACAACCAUUUUUAAUUUAUGUACAUGUUUUUCAUAUUUCUAUUGUAUACCAAAGCUGAAUUCUUAAUUCAUUGAUUUUCUUGAAAAAUUGAUAAAACUUCUUCGUUUCUUUCCAUUUGAAUUUUGUUGUAUUCAUAACGAAAUAAUUUUAUUGAGAUACCUUAAUGACUUUGUGGUCUUGUUGCUAUGGUAUCUAUUGUUUGUGCAUUUUCAAGAAUGUAUAAUUAGAAAAAAAUAUAUCGUCGGUAACAUUAUAUACCACAUUGUACAUUGUAAUUGCCUUUUUGGGGUCACUAAAGACACACUUUGAAACUUUAUUACAAUUGUUUGUUGUUACUUUUAUUUUGAUCAGAAAAUGCCAAAUGUUGCGCAAAGCAACAUACAAAUAAGUAGUUUCAAAUUGUUUUGAUUAGAAUUCCAGCUGUUCAAUAAUACUUUACAAUGUAUUUUUCUGUAGAAUAAUCUGUAUAUUACUUUAUCAUUCAAUAUGGUAUCAAAAUAUUCCACUAUUCAAUGAAAAAUCUAUGAAAAAAUAUUAUUUUAUGAUUUAAGCCCAAAACGUUGCCAUGGCAACGGCAUAUUUGACUUUUUGUAAUCAAAUUUAAAAUCUGCAAAAAAAUGUCUGUCAUUCCAUAUAUAAUUAUUUGAUUAAAAAUAUAAC